AUGGUGGGCCUGCCCUCCUUCAAAUACAAGCCCAGCCCAGCUAAAAUUCCAUUUGUCUUCGCCUUCGCCGAGGCAGAGGCGGAGGCGGCCGGAGAAGCGAACCCAAUGGCCGCCGCCGCCUCCCUCCUCUCCCUCUUCGCCUCCGCCCUCUCCAACCGCAGCUUUGGGGACCAGGAGCUCCGCCUGCUCGACGCCGCGCUUUCUGCCGGCGCCGACGUCCCCGCGCUGCUCCACGCUCGCUCCUCCGCCCGCAUUCUGCUGAACGAGAGCGCUUCCCAGGCAUUCUCCGUUCCCGACCUGGGUACCACUAGGCUCUCCAUCGCCGACUUCUUCGCGCGCGCCUUCGCCCUCGCCGGGGAUGUCGAGAGCUGCCUCGCUAUGAUAUAUGAGGCUCUGCUUCUGAGAGAAGCCACAUACUCCCAUGACCUUCAUCUGCAAGUAUCCAAUCAAGAAUGGCUAACUUUUGCCAAGGACUGUCUCGAUAAUGGCUUUUACACCAUUGCUUCCAAGGCUUUUGCAAAUGCUCUUGUGAAUAUUGAUCCAAGCCACCCAAGAUACUUGGACUCAACCAAUUCUAUUGUGAACAAUGGCAAGAUCAAUGGUAUAAGUGGGCUACAAAACUUCACCCAGUCAUUAUCUGCACCGCGUUCUGUUCAGACACAAUCAGCUGAAUACAUGAAAAAGAAAGCUUCAGAGUUUAAUGAAAAGAGCAAUUUACAGUUGGGAAAAAUAAAGGUUCCAGGAAGUUCGAUGUUUAGGCUAGGUAUCAGAACCAGGAACAUACAGAAACUACAUCAUAGCCGGAAGAGGAAUCUGGAAGAGUCCUGAAGCAAUCUUGGUGUGGCGUCUUCCAUAGACUGAUAAGAGUGGCAUGAGCUUUCAUACAAUCUGAUGAUGCAAUAAAAGGUAAGAAUUUUCGUGCACUGGGAAUACCGAUGCUGAUAUCGUGGAUGGGUAUUUGGGAUCCUGAAACAAUGAGCAUGUCAGUUGCCUCUUCUGCUGUUUCCCUGGGAAAGUAAGCUGCUGUUUUCAUACUCUGAAUGUUGUGAUAUACAGAGCAAUAUGCUAUGUUUUACACCUCUGCAUUAGGAUCAUAGGGAUUAAAAUCCAGUGUUGACUGCUUGAAGUAUUUUUAUUUUCUUUUGAGAUGAUCUAUUGAAUAACUUCUUGAUGUUCAUUCCUAGAAAUGUUUA